AUGGUUAAAUUGACACCACCAGAUCCUCGCAACGUCCUGCCUUCGAGGGCCGAUCCUCACCACCGAGCUAUACGCAAGGACUUGGAGAAGAAGCACGGCUAUGGCUAUACAGAACCGUUGGUACUAGCCAUGCUGGGUGUCGGUUUGAUAUGGAACAUUGAAAAUCAAGUGUCCAAACGCGAAGAACGCAAGGAAGAAGAGAACAAAAAGGAAGAAGAGCGCGAAGAGCGAUGGCGUCGCAGAAGAGAAAAUCGGAUCCGCAGCGGGACUUGGGACCCCCGGCGCGAACACGAUAGCCAUGACCGUCGGAGCGAGCUCAGCGAUCGCAGUGAUCGAAGCGGCGGCCAUCGUGAUUCGAGUCGUCACAACCAUAGAGACAAUGGACGCACUGCCAGACGCUACAGGAGCGACGACGAAAGGGAGCAUCGCGACGAUCCCCGGCGUCUGGACUGCAGGGUUGAAGAGUAUCCACGUCGCGACGAUUAUAAGGAUCAGUGGAAUGACUACCGAUAUGAAGAGCGAAUGGAUGGGAGUGUGAGACGCGGCAGUAGGCGGGACUCGUUCUAG